UUUCUUCGAUUAUGAACAAACUACUUAACCUGGAAUAUUUAAUUGUACAAUGGAAUUCAUUUAACCAGAGUUGAUUUCAAACACACUGGUAAGUUUAUAAUAACCAAAGUUAAGUAGUUUGUUCAUAAUUAAGAAAUCCGUUUAUAAAAUUGGAAGGUUCAGACAGUAGAUUAGAUGCGUCGCGCCGUCCAUUAAUAUUUAGAUAACAUUUAAUUGACUUGAUAUGAAAUCUGAUUAUAAAUUAUUACGAUGGAUAAAUGUUUGUGAUAAGAUUAGUUUAUGAUGUCUUCUUUAUAGAUAGGUAUUUUACAAUUACAUUGACUGAUUAAUCACUCAUCAAAAUGCAUCACAGGCUACAUGUAUAUUAUCAGAUUUUUUUGUUAUUCAUGUCCAUGAAGCCUGUGCAAUUUUCGUGCCAAAUUCAACCUUAGAUACUACGUCCGUAGUAUGCAAUGCCUUACAUAUAUAUAUUACUACAAUAGCUACAUGAGUAACAUGACAUCACCCAGGUGAAAUUUCGUCAAAUAUCGCACAUGUUAACCACAUCCAUGUCUUCCCUUAUAAGGUAGUGUUACUAUGCUUUUUGACUAUGAAAACCAUAUAUGGAAAUUGAUGUAUGAUCACAUGAGACGGAGUGCGCAUAGCCAUACUAUUUCUGGUUGGGCGGACGCCGGACAUUUAAAGUUAGAUAGGACAGAAAUUUCGAGUAGCAAUUGGGUUUCAUCAAAUUAUAUAAUUAUGCUGUAAGGCUUCACCUUUAUUUCAAUGGGGGGUUGGAUGGCUGAAUGGUUAGCAUGUGCGCACUGUAUCAUAAGGUCUGUCAUUGAGUCAACUGGCAUGGUUUGAUUCCCCGGUUGUACGUGACAAGGAGUAGGGUCGCCUGUCCAACCUCGUGGGUUUUCUCCGCCGGGUCCUCCGGUUUCCUCCCACUGCUAAAGACCCCUAUGCGCAAGCGAAUUAUGGAAAUAUAAUUGAACCGUAUGUUAGUCCCGAAAUGACCUAGUCUGUUUUCGAGGUGAGGUUACACCCCAUCUCUCUCUCUCUCUCCCUCUCUCUCCCUCUCUCUAUCUCUUUAUUUCAAUGGGAAUUGGUUUAUUAUAUGUCAAGCUCAUGUAUUAUAUUCAGUUUCAGUUUGUAAAAAUGAGGGCCCAGUGCUGUAUUUGUGCCGAUCUGUUUGAAGAUAAUUCUACAGUCAAUAUAGCAGCUGCUCCGUGUGGACAUACGUUUCAUGAAACAUGUUUAAUGAAAUGGCUGGAUACAUCAGCUACCUGUCCAAGUUGUCGCAAACAUUGUAACAGAAAACAAGUUAUUGCCAAAUUAUUUUUUGAUGGAGAUGAAAUUGAGGAAACUCGUGAGGUUGAUCCGAGCAAGCUGGUUAAUCAAGUCUCUGAUUUAAAGGCUACCGUUCGACAGCGAGACAAGGAGAAAUCUGAACUUAUUGAAUCAAAAGUCUCGUUACAAAAUCAAGUUCAAGAUGUGAUGAUAGAAAAAGAUGUUUUAAAGAAAGAGUUAAAACAAGAAAAAAACACAAACUCUUCUUUAAAAAAACAGAUUUCGACAUACGAAGGCCAGCAGAAACUUUAUAGAACAGAGCAAGAUGAAUACCGUAAAGCCAUUAAAACACUAAAAAAUUUACAACAUCUUCAAGUUAUGUUAUCAGGUUGUGAAAGUGAUGCAUUAGAAAUAUUAAGUCAGAAUGGUGAAGGAUCAUCAAAACAACUGUCCCGUUAUUGUGCCAUUUUAAAACGGGAAUACGAACAAUGUAAACAAGAUAAAAAGUUAUAUAAAGAUCAAAUUGAUAAACUUCGUAGAGAAUUAGUUACAAAAGACAGAAUUCUCAAAGAUAAAACGCAGGAGAACUCCACAUUAACUGAACAGUUGAAUAGAUCGGAAGAAGAUUUAAAAAAUGCGGAAAAGGAUAAAGAAUUAUUACGGCAUAAAUUGAGACAUUUACGAAAAGCGGUUCGUAGUCCAACAGUCGCCACGGCAAGUUCAAGUUUUAUCGAAACUUUAACAGAAGAAAGUCCGAUGACUAAUGCUAAUAUUACGACUCCUGUCAAAGAGAGCAACAGUAGAUUAUUUGAAGAGAAAGGUGCAUUAACGCCUGAUUUGUUUGACACACCAAACACACAAACGAAACAUCACUGUUCAGAUAAUAAUAUGAAAUACGUCCGUAUUGUGUCUGCAUCAGAAAAUCAACCUUCAAAGAGACAGAGAACUGAAAAACAGGAGAUAAAUGAUUUAAAAACAUUAGGAUCGUUGAAUAUUUUUAAAAAGAAAAAUGGCCCAGGAAGUUUUUCUAGUACUAUUCAAAAAGGUUACGAUGGAUUAGGUGGACAUACAUCAUUCACAAAACCUCUCGGUCCCCUAGGAGUAAAAAAUACCCUGGUGAAGAAGAAGAAAACAACGUCAACUGGGGUUAAAAUGUUUGCGAAAAACCCACCAUUGCCAAGUUUAGAUAAUUUUAUAGAGAUUGAUUAGUAUAGUAAACAAAUACCCGGUAUCUAAUUUAUAAACAAAUACCCGGUAUCUAAUUUAUAAACAAAUACCCGGUAUCUAAUUUAUAAACAAAUACCCUAAUUUAUAAACAUAUUCUGUGAUUGAUAUAAACAAACUUCUGCACAUUGUUAUGGAUAUUGUUGAUAACUUAUGCACCUGUCACACUCUGAUACCAUGGAUACUACAGUAAUGUACCUGUUACAUCCUGUUACCAUGGUUUCCAUGUAAUGUACCUGUCACACUGUUACCAUGGUUUCCAUGGUAUUGUGCCCUUCACUCUCUGUUACCAGCCACGUACAAAUUUGUUUACUUUAAUAUUCAUUAAAGAUACAUUAUAUAAGAGCUAAUUCUGACUAUUGCAGUCUUCCAGUGUUAUACCGGUUGUGCAUGUACGUGACACGGAGUAGGGUCGUCUGUCCAACUUCGUGGGUUUUCUCUGGGUCCUCAGGUUUCCUCCCACAGCUAAAGAACCCUACGCUAAAGUGAAUUAUUGAAAUAAAAUUAAACCAUAUGUUAGUCCCGAAAUGACCUAGUUUGUGUCAAGUGGGCGUUAAACCCCAUUUCUCUCUUUCUCUCUCAAACAGUCAUAACUUCACCCAGAAGAAAGUAAUUUGAAUGAAGUUUUCAAUAUAUUCAUUUUUCAUUAUCUAUUUUUGAACUUUUUAUAGCGAGAAAUUUCCAGCUCCUUAUCUGAAUCUUACAUAAUGUAUCUUUAAACUAUUAUAGCAAAAAUGGUCAGCUCUUUAUCUAAAUCUUACAUAAUGUAUCUUUAAUAGAAUGAGAACCUAUUUUGAUGUCAUCUAUGCCUGUGAUUGUAUCAAUCUAUUAAAAAUCAUGAAAC